CAGAAUUCCUGUUUUUAGCUUUACAAAAUUUUUUACUAAGGAUACCAAAACAGGUCAAAGCUCUACAUUCGAAUAUCAGCCAAUCCAGCUAAUUCCUCUGUCGCGAAUUGUAAAAGCAUGAACAACAAGCGAUCGCUUGACUCCCACCAUGGAUCGCUGAACCAGCAAACUAUACGAACCUCUGGUAAUGGAGGUUUCUGUGAUAUCCCCACACCCUACGAGAUAAUGCGACAAAGGAAUUGCAAGGCGGAAAAAGUCAUGAAGGGGGAGCGGUAUCCCAGCAUUCGGCCUCCAGUUUCCAAAUGCAGUAACGACCAGAGCACAAGCUAUCUGUUGGAGUCAGUCGAUCAGGCAGGCUGUUUGGAUCCCAGUACCAAGGGUCAGGAUGCUCUCAGGAUCUGGCAAAUGAGCCCCCACAAGAGCACUCUCAAGUUCUAUGGUGUGGCGGGUGGACUACACUUACCAGAGGCUGUUAGAUUCAACAGGACUUUGACGAGCAGUCUAAGGCAUGCAAACGGCUCCAGAAGACAUGGUCCAAAGCCACCGGCUCCAGCAGUGCCAACAAGGCCGCCACAGCCCGCUGCCCUGUGUCAGCCGUACAUCCUCAACCGGAAGACACUUAAGGAGGAGCUGCAGCGCAUGCCCAUUGCCCGUCAGAAACUUAACCCCAAGGAGGCUUUCAAUAUGCUAUUCUGCGACAAGCGUCAAGAUCCGAUGGACCCUUUGGGAGUGGAGGCGGCGACUAAUAAUAUGAUUAGCCUCAGAGAGGCUCUGGAUAUGGCCAAACCGGAGGUACCUCCAAAGCACGGCCUGCGACGUAAGCACUGGUACUGCCCUCCAAAGUGUGGUGAGCCGGAAAACAAGUGCACUGUCUUUGAGUGGGCCCGGUACAAACUGAACCCGCGACCCUAUGACACAGCCUUCUUGAAGUGGUUCCUGGACCAGAAAGUGCAACUGGAGCGAGAGCCGCACAACUACGAUGAGCUGUACAAGCGGUUCCAAGCCUGCUUCGAGGUAAAGCCUCAACCAGAUCCCGACUGCGUUGCCAUGGCGAAGUGUUGUCCGGAUAUGAUGAGGGAAAUGAAAGAUGAAUGUGGAGUCGGAGGCGGAGUCGGGGUCGGAGAAGGGGGAGCCGGCAGUGGCAGUGGAGGCGGCGCACAUGUGGAGGAAGGGGGUAAUGGGGGUAAUGGCCAGCCGGGUGCUGGUCACGAUCCUGAUGGUGCAUCUCAGCCAGCCAAGGACAAGGGAAAGGAAAAGGCAGGUGGCAAUAGGGAAGAUACAGAAAAGGAUAAGGAAGCUGAUAAAAGUAAGGGCACGGGUAAAGAUAAAGAGAAGAAUAAGGAAAAGGAUAAGGGUAAGGACACGGACGGCAACAUACAAAAGGAGGACAAAGAAAAAGAAAAGGGCAAGGACAAGGGCAAGGAUAAAGGGAAGGAUAAAGACAAGGAUGUGGACCCAGACAAAGGCAAGGACUCAGACGCGGAGAAAGGCAAAGGUAAAGCUAAGGAUAAAGGCAAGGGCACGGAGAAGGAUAAAAACGAAGAUGCUGAUCCGAAAAAUAAGAAGCCCAAUAUAGCUGAUCCUGAUCAGGAAAAAACGAAACUCAAAUCUCCCAAGCAACCGAAGUCGGUCGAAAGCACAACCAAUACGUCCACUCGCAAUAUAUCCUCUUUUGAAUCCAGAGACUCAGACAGAAUACCGACCGAGGAAGAUAUUGGCAAGGCGGGGGAAAAUGCUCCAGCCAAAGAAGUAGCGGAAGACAAGCCGACAGAAGAUCCAACUACGAAGCCGCCCAAAAAGAACAAGAAGAAGAAAUCACCAUUCCACCAACCUACACAGAAACCAGACGAGAAGCAGAAGAUCGCUGAGAACGAAGCCAAAGAGUCCUGUCCACCUUGUCCUCCAGUGGGUUGCGCGUGCACCAUUUGCGACUGCCUCUAUGGCACGAAGAUUCCCAUUUCCACGACGAUGCAAUCGAUUAUUUUCGAGGAAAAGCUUCGCGAGAAGAGGGCAUACCUCCGGUUGAUGCGUCACCGGGAGUACAUGGAGUGCUCGGGUGAAAAGCUCCUAGCCACCCAGCACAAGGUAGAUCCCAUCAGCUGCGACAACUGCUUCUGCCGGGAUCCCAAGAUAUCCGAGUACUGUGAGUGCUUGGGAGCCCUUCAACACUUGCAGCGGCUCCUUGGAAAGGAACGCCAUAGGAUCGUAAACAACGAGCUCAUAUUCAACCUCGACGAUCUCCGCCAGCGAAUUACUAAGCGUAUGUGCAAGUGCAUCUAAGACUUUAGCAACUUUGUUUUGGUCAGUACAAUUGGCUUGUCAGUGUAUUUUUCAAAAUUUGACAAUUG